CUGAUCAUACUGAAAAUGUACUCAAUACUACCCAAUUGUUUGCCCCUCUUUGGCCAGGUUUUAGCCCGUAAGGCGGCAUCUACGCGCGGAACGACUACUUGGCUUGCUGUACGCGGACUUCCUGCAGGCAAGCAAAGUUACACCUCAAGAAUACGAGAAGAAACAAGGCCGGCACGGUUGUUGAACCGCUUCAGUCUGGGAGCCCUUCCUUCUUCCUCCAUCGUGGAUUUCCAACAAACCUACGGGCGGGCUGCCAUGGAUAUGGCCUCAGCCGAACAGGGCCAGUCCGCAGCGCACCGCUGGGCCUACGAUGGACCUCGUAUGGGAUCCGGACUAGAUGGCUCUGGUAACUUACUCGCUCCAGACGAUGUGGACGUCUUCUUUCACUCCCUGGACAGUAACGGAAACCCAGUAAACCCUGCAAGCUACUAUGCCAGCCCUGCAGCCGCCAGGGCUGUUCACGGUUACAGGGGACCACACGCCAGAGUAUCAGGAGGCCAAGUCUGUCGGCCACACUUUCACCCUCCUUUACACCCAUGGAUCACCGAAACAGCCAAGCCCAUGGUACCACAUCCAGCACAUGGGUCAGCUUGGUGUUCUCCUUUCUCAAGCAAGCCCCCUCAUCAUCCCAGCCCAUCAGGAGCUCCUUUGGGGAUGCACCCUGCUACUCACCCAGUUCCCAGCUCUUCCAGCCUUCCUUCUCAUUCUAGUCCACACUUGUUCAGCUUUCCCCCAACACCUCCGAAGGAUGCCACACCAGACAACGUGACCGGCGCCAGUUCUGGAGGCAUGGACUUCAGCGGUGGCGCAGCGGGGUUCGGGACAUCGGAUGACAAAGGCACAGUCGCCGGAAUGAUAACCACGUUAAGCUCUCUCACCAGCUGCUCCGGUAGCAAGCCUAGAGAAGGUAGUAAUGGCUUCUCCACGUCUCUUAGUCCCAUCCACCAAACUGCCCAUCCCAUGCCCACUUAUCCUGCCUACAUCCCAGGUCCUCAUUCGGCUGGACCUCCGCCUUCUGCUGACCUCUCCGGCGCGAGCUACGGCUUUCACGCUACAAGCCCCUUUUUAGGCUCUAAAUCCUUACAAACAUCCUUAGUUUCCACAAACACCACGUCCACAAGUUCUGGCAACAAACCAAGAACUAAAGGAAGGUCUAGUGCGGGUACUUGCUACCGAUGGAAGUUAGGACUCACCCCUGUCUGCCAGUAUGCAGAGGGUCGAGAGUGCGUCAACUGUGGAGCGACCUCUACACCUUUGUGGCGCCGGGAUGGCACUGGCCACUACCUCUGUAACGCCUGCGGUCUCUACCAUAAAAUGAACGGACAGAACAGGCCUCUUAUCAAGCCUAAACGACGCUUGUCAGCAGCUAGAAGAGCAGGCACAAGCUGUUCCAACUGCAAGACGACAACGACGACACUGUGGCGACGGAACCAGAAUGGAGAACCGGUGUGCAACGCCUGUGGACUUUAUUUCAAACUCCACAACGUGAAUCGGCCACUGACUAUGAAGAAAGAAGGAAUCCAAACACGGAAUCGGAAAUUGUCCGCUAAGAGUAAGAAGAAGUGUGCUUUCGGUUUACACGACCGCCUCAAACCACUGGACAAGUCAUUCUCUAGUUUUACCCCAACCGGCCACUUGGGGGCUACCAUGUCCUCCAUGCCUAUGGCCGUCAACCAUUACAUGCAACAAACCAAUAUACCAAUCUCAAUGGGCGGCUACGUUACAACACCACCUAUGCACAUGAGCUCAGCACCUGGGUUCUCUGGGCUUUCACUGCCCUCUAGUGGCCCCCUACCUUUAGGCACAGGGACCUUAGGCCUACCUACUUCAAACAGUAUGGUUGGUGCCAUGGCUUGAACAUUUCUGGUGAAGACCUGUAGUGAUUAUUGUUGAUGCAGAGUACGAAUUGAUCGAAAAAAAGAAAUGUUGCUGAAUCGCGUAACUGUAACAAUGAUGAGAGAACUGUGCUGCCUUCUGUUGAACAAGUGCUUCACUAAUACUCCAGCCACAUCCUAAAGUAUUAUUGUUAUAAUUGUUCCUGAUCAGACAGUGACCGAUUAGUGGGUGUCGAUCUAAAUUCACAGGUAGCGAGCAGUUUUGCAUAUAAAGACUGAGAAAUAAUGCAUAGAAAUAAAAAGGAUCAACAGACAAUGACUGCUAGCUCCAGCUAACUGCCUUCCCUGGGAGGCUUAGUGUACAAACCAGGUCUUCCUGAAAUAAUAUGAGUGUUUAAGUUAGUGUGCAUUUCUUCAAUAUAUCCCCUUGUUAUGAAAGUGUAGAAACAUCCAAUCUCACUAACCGAAGAACCCGAUUGUAGGACGAGUAAUGAGAGUUGUGUGCUUUAAGAAGGGAAGAGUAAGCACGUUGUAUAAACAACGUCAAUGUAGAUACAUUUCCUAAACUGUCUACAUGUGUGGCAAUUGCCAAUGUUAGAAGGUGUUUUACUUAGGUACUGUACUACUCAUGGAACAACCGCUCUUCAUCUGUAUAUAAAACUCUACAGAUAGCUAAUAUUAGUGUGUUUUGGUUUACUAGAAACACAAAUAGCGCAGGUUCUCGUGCUGUUUAAACGUAUGUGUCCAAGCUUUAUUUAGGGGCGUUCAGGGCUUUGUACUGUUUGUAUCUCCAGUCAAAGCUGACCAUUGUUGUCAGCUUUCCUCCAUCUUGGUACAAGUAAUAUAUAUUAUAGAAAGUUCCUUAAGCUCUAUGUGUAAUAUAAGUAUUCUCUGUUUUAUGUGAAACAAAUAAAAGUUCAGAUUA